AUGGAUUCAGAUGCAGCUUCUAUGAUCACUGUUGGUGCUCUCAGUGCCAUUUUUGACGACAGCAAGGAUCAAGUCCGAGAGCCGAUUGUCCAAUGUGUCCAAGUGAAACCUUUACCACCACAGCCAGGUCACCAAGAGCGUUAUCGAGCCGUGUUCAGCGAUGUUGCAAACUAUGUGCAAACCAUGCUUGCCACCCCAGCAGAGGCCAACCAUGUCGUGACAAAUGGAUCUUUGCGGAAAGGGUGCUUUGUCCGACUCAAGUCAUUCCAGGCCAAUUCUGUGAAGGGUAAAAAGAUCCUCAUCGUCUUGGAUCUCGAAGUUCUGCAAGAACUAGGCGAGGCAGAGAAGAUUGGCGAACCAAAGCCUUUGGAGGUGAAGGGUGAAGAGGAAGAGGAGAAGACUCAACCCACUACCAUUUCUAGUAAUGGGUUCUAUGGCUCCAAGCUUCAAGGUGGUCCACCGAAACAGCCCCCCCAGGUACCAUCUAUGCGAGGACCCUCAUCGUCUGCCCAUGCCACCAUUUACCCAAUAGAGGCCAUAUCGCCUUACUCGAACAAAUGGACCAUCAAAGCCCGCUGCACAAGCAAGUCCAGCAUCAAAACAUGGCAUAAUAAGAAUGGCGAGGGCAAACUUUUCAGUGUGAACCUCCUGGAUGAUAGCGGUGAAAUCCGUGCAACCGGUUUUCAGGAACAGUGUGAAAUGCUUUAUGACCUCUUCCAGGAAGGCAGUGUCUAUUACAUCUCGAGCCCCUGCCGUGUCCAGAUUGCCAAGAAACAAUUCAGUAACCUCAACAAUGAUUAUGAGCUGACGUUUGAACGUGACACUUUGGUCGAGAAGGCUGAGGACCAAAAUGAUGUGCCCCAAAUUCGAUUCAACUUUACCACCAUUGGAGAUCUCCAAUCCGUGGAGAAGGACACGACUACUGAUGUGAUUGGCAUCCUCAAAGAAGUCGCCGAGACGUCUCAGAUCGUUUCCAAGGGGACAGGCAAGCCAUAUGACAAAAGGGAACUCAGCCUGGUCGAUAAUACUGGCUUCUCAGUUCGUUUGACUAUCUGGGGUGCCUCUGCCGUCAAUUUCAAUGUGGCUCUAGAGUCUGUUGUAGCAUUCAAAGGAGUGAAAGUUUCUGACUUUGGAGGUCGGAGUCUGAGCUUGCUCAGCUCUGGCUCGAUGGCUGUCGACCCCGAUAUUGGAGAAGCUCACCGGCUAAAGGGCUGGUAUGAUGCACAGGGUCGAACUGAGUUAUUCACUUCUCAUGCAUCUCUCUCCAAUGCAACUAACACUAACAUGAAGUCUGACCAAUUCAAGACUGUUACACAAGUUCGGGAGGAACAGUUGGGUAUGUCAGACCAGGUAGAUUACUUUUCGUUGAAGGCCACUGUUCUCUACAUCAGACAAGACUCGACUUGGUGCUACCCAGCUUGUCUUUCGGAAGGAUGCAACAAGAAAGUGACUGAGCUGGAGCCGGGUCAGUGGAGCUGCGAAAUGUGCGGCAAGACUCACCCCAAAGCAGAAUAUCGCUACAUCAUGCCCGUCAGUGUGAGCGACCACACUGGUCAGCUUUGGCUCAGUUGCUUUGAUGACACCGGCCGUCUGCUCAUGGGAAUAUCGGCUGAUAACCUGAUGCAACUUCAUGAAGAUGAUCCCACGGCAUGCAGCGAGGUAUUCCAGGCAGCCAAUUGCCAGACUUGGAACUUCCGAUGUCGAGCUAAGAUUGACACCUAUGGUGAUCAACAACGGGUUCGAUACCAGGUGUCAUCUGCGAAGGCUAUCAACUAUUCUGAAGAAGCUUCUCGCCUGGCCGAGAUCAUCAAUUCUUACAAUAUCAACUAG